GGGAGUUGUGACAUCAGUGAGAGAUGACUGUGGCCUCGGUGACCAUAGCAUACAAAUUCCAGUGCUGGCCGAGACCAGCAUCCACUCGUUCCUGGACUCCAGUUGAGCGUGUCUGCGAGACUUGGAUCACGAAACGAGGCUUUGGUUGGGUUGUGCUGUGGGACUGCUGGCAGCAGUUAUUGGUGCCUAUCCCACAGCAUCACCAGCAUUUCCCCAGCCCUGCCGGGCUCAGGCAGCUGGGGCCCCACGGGGUGCGCUCACAGCAGCAGAGUUUGUGACACCUUCUGCCCGCUGCAGCGCCAGUGAGGGGAGCAGCUUCCUGUCCUCAGCUCUCCCAGCCCAUCGCACAGCCAGCGGCCAUGGAGAUGCCAUUAGACUGGACCUGUCCGAUCUGCGGCCAGGAUCAGGACGAUGCGGCCUAUGUGACACCUUGUCUCCACCAGCUAUGCUACGGCUGUGCGCUCUGGUGGGCAAAAAAGAAGGACAGAUGUGCCGUGUGCGGGCACAAGAUCAGAACCAUCCGAUACUCGGUGAGGUCGGAUGAUGAUUAUCUCGAGUGUCCUGUCCCGCAGCCCACAGCACGCUCAGGUUAUGGCCUGCAGAGCGAGCAGGAGCCUGCAGAGCCGGUGCUCCUGCCUCCUGAGCUCAGCUUUCCACCUGAGAUCUGGGCUGCCUUUUUCCAGCAACAUCCAGGACACCUCACGCCCCUGCUUCAGUGGCUCCAUCAAGAGAUCAGGGGGAUCUCUGUUGACAGGUGGUGGGAGAUGCACGCCAGACUGACCAUCAUUCUGAACUUCCUGUGCAAGUACGGGCUCGAUCAGGCGGUCCUGCUGCGGGAGCUGCAGCCAAGUCUCCAAGGCCUCACGGAGCGCUUUGUGAGGAGGCUCAUUAUCAUCGCUGCAGCGCUGUACGGCCCAGAGAUCCGCCGGCAGCAGGAUCACAGGGACACUGGUGCCAGAGGGGGACAGGAGAACAGCCCCACAGCCACCCCGAGCCCCACCGCCUCCCAGCAGGGGCUUCCCGCCUCCGGCCCGGGCUGCUCCACCAGCGCCGCAGGCCUCACCGCUGAGGAGCUCCCCGGCGUCCUUUGCAGGGUUCCCGGGAACCUCACCGCCGCCACCGUGCCCUCAGAGGAGGAGGCGCAGGAGGAGCCGGGGCAGGCGGCGGCAGCGGGCCCCUCCACCCAGAGCAGGGACCGUUCCCGUGGGGGGCCCCGGCCUGCCCCAAAGAGGAAGGCCAGCAGCAGCCCCCAGGACUCAGCCCUGCCCCGCAAGAGGCGGCCCCAGCGGCGGCGCUAGGCCGGCACCACACC